CGCUCUCUCAAUUGUUAAAGAAAACGAAAACACAAAAAAGUGGCAUCACCCAAUGAGGAGCUCUUUUCCUCCCGCCGACGGUGGAAGAUCGGCGACUAAUCGUCACUCGCCGUUUUCUUCCGCUUCCACCAACCGUUGUAACUUUCGCUCCAUGCAGUCUUCUCCGCCACUCAAUCACCGACCUACUCAGAGGCACCACCACUGUCAGUACCCUAAUUCCUAUUUCCCGCCAAAUUACAGACGCGAUCGGGCUCCGGCGACGGGAAUCUCUACUCCAUGUACCCGUAUUAAGCCGAAUUUCAUCGUUGAGCUUCUUCACCCGAGAACUACCGCCGCUAACGGCGACGCCAAGCCGUCUUUUUCGGUUAGGGAGGAAGAGAUCAGAAGCCUCGCUUCGCUCUGCGAAAUCCCGGAGGAAUCCGUCCAUGUUCCCCAAUUCGGCUGUAUCGCCGGAAGUUUCAGUUUUCGUCAGUGGGUCGACGCGCUUUCUUCCGUCGUGGCUCUCUGGGAUUAUCGCCUUCAAGGGAAACAUGAUUUCGUGCCCAAGCUGAUUCCCAAUGUGAUCGUCCCGUCCGACAUGGACGAGCUUAAUGACAGGCUUCGCGAUCUUUUCUCGGCUCACGUUCUGUCGCUUAUGGAAAACGGAGAAAGCGUCAAGAAGGUUAGAACCGAGAUUGAUGAGAGAUCUCGUCAAGUUGAAUCCUUUUCGUCCAAAACUUUUCUCAAAAUUGAGGAUUUUGAGAAAAAGAAGGUUCUUGAGAAGCAGAAAGAUUUGGCUGUUGAGCGGUUUGAAGAAUUUAAGAAUGCCAUGAAGAGCAUUGUGCGAUAUCUCAAAGGAAACAGCAGGUCUGAGUCUGAUGGAGAAGACGUGGCCGUGUUUAGUUUGGAAGGGGACUAUGAUUGGCCACGUAUUCAUAAUUUGAUCCGCAGGGAGUGUCGAAGGUUAGAGGAUGGGCUACCUAUCUAUGCCUACAGGCGAAAUAUCUUGAAAAAGAUUCAUGGCGAGCAGAUAAUGGUGUUGAUCGGAGAAACUGGUUCAGGGAAGAGCACUCAGUUAAUUCAGUUCCUUGCUGAUUCCGGAGUUGCUGCUAGUGAGUCGAUUGUUUGUACACAACCACGGAAAAUUGCUGCCUUGACAUUGGCUGAACGGGUCAGAAUCGAAAGCAGUGGUUGUUAUGAGGAAAAUUUUGUCCGCUGCACUCCAGCUUUCUCUUCUACUGAAGAGAUUAGUUCCAAAGUUGUGUACAUGACAGAUAAUUGUUUGCUUCAACACUACAUAAAGGAUCCGAGUUUGUCUGGCAUUUCAUGCGUUAUUAUUGACGAAGCCCAUGAAAGAACCUUAAACACAGACCUUCUUUUGGCAUUGCUCAAAGAUUUGCUAUGCAGAAGGAUUGACCUAAGGCUUGUCAUUUUGUCUGCCACGGCUGAUCACGACCAACUCUCAGACUAUUUCUUCGGCUGUGGGGUUCUUCAUGUAAGUGGGAGGAACUUUCCGGUGGAGAUUGUGUAUUCUCCUAGUUACACAGGAGAGACUUGUGUUGUUGGCAGGAUUGCUCCAUAUGUUGAUGAGGUUGUUAAGAUGGCAGUGGAAGUACAUAAAACAGAGAAAGAAGGAACCAUCCUUGCUUUCUUGACUUCCCAAGCAGAGGUUGAAUGGGCAUGCGAGAGGUUUAUAGCUCCAUUUGCAGUUGCUUUGCCUUUGCAUGGAAAGCUUUCCUUCGAAGAACAAUUUAGGGUCUUCCAGAACCAUCCUGGGAGACGAAAAGUGAUAUUUGCCACAAAUAUCGCAGAGACAUCGCUGACUAUUCCUGGUGUCAAGUAUGUAAUUGAUUCCGGAAUGGUGAAAGAGAGUAAAUAUGAACCUAGAACAGGUAUGAGCAUCCUCAAGGUUUGCCGGGUCAGUCAGAGUUCUGCUCGACAACGUGCUGGUCGUGCUGGCAGGACAGAAGCCGGAAGAUGUUACAGACUGUACUCACAACAAGAUUUUGAUUCAAUGAAUCGUAAUCAGGAACCUGAAAUUCGGAGGGUCCAUCUUGGUGUAGCACUUUUGAGGAUUCUUGCUCUGGGUGUAGACAACAUAGCUGAUUUUGACUUUGUUGACGCGCCUGUCCCUGAAGCCAUUGCAAUGGCUGUCCAGAAUCUUGUUCAGUUGGGUGCAGUCGUUGAGAAGAACGGUGUUCUUGAAUUAACACAGGAAGGGCAUUGCUUAGUCAAGCUGGGUUUGGAACCAAGGCUUGGAAAGUUAAUUUUAGGCUGCUUCAGACACAGAAUGGGUAAAGAGGGAAUUGUUCUUGCUGCUGUCAUGGCUAAUGCCAGCAGUAUAUUUUGCAGAGUUGGCAACCUCGAUGAUAAGAUGAAAGCUGAUUGCCUAAAGGUACAAUUCUGCAAUCAUAAUGGAGACCUGUUUACUCUUCUUUCGGUUUACAAAGAAUGGGCAUCUCUGCCGCGAGAGAGAAGAAAUAAAUGGUGCUGGGAUAACAGCCUGAAUGCAAAAUCAAUGAGGAGAUGUGAAGACACAGUGAAGGAAUUGGAGAAAUGCAUUGAGAGAGAACUCACUCUUGUCAGUCCUAGUUACUGGGUUUGGAAUCCAACUGAGAGCACUAAAUACGAUAAGCAUUUGAAAAUGGUUAUACUUGCAUCUCUUGCAGAGAAUGUGGCGAUGUACACUGGCUAUGAGCAGCUUGGAUACGAGGUGGCACUUACUGGUCAACAAGUUCAGUUACAUCCGUCGUGUUCUUUGCUAGCAUUUGGCCAGAAGCCAAACUGGGUUGUUUUCGGUGAACUUCUAUCAAUUGCUGAUGAGUACUUGGUAUGUGUAACUGCGUGUGAUUUUGAGGCUUUGUAUAUGCUUGAUCCACCUCCACCUUUUGAUGCAUCUCAGAUGGAUGACCGGAGGCUCCGAGUGGAAAAAGUGGUUGGUUGUAGUAGCACUGUGCUAAAACGAUUCUGUGGGAAAUCUAACUGUAGACUGCUUUCAAUUGUUUCUCGUGCUAGGUCUCUCUGUAUGGACGAAAGGAUUGGUAUUCAAGUCGAUAUUGAUCAGAAUGAGAUUCUACUGUAUGCGCCUCCCCUCGACAUGGACAAAGUGUUAGCCCUUGUGAACGAUGCAUUGGAAUGUGAAAAGAAAUGGAUGCAUAAUGAAUGUUUGGAGAAGUCUCUAUUUCAUGGUCGGGGACAAGUACCUAUUGCACUGUUUGGAUCUGGUGCUCAGAUAAAGCAUCUUGAAGUUGACCAGAGGUUUUUGACAGUUGAUGUACUUUAUUAUGGCGACAAUGUUGUUGAUGACAGAGAACUUGUGACAUUUCUGGAAAAGAAUACUGAUGGGUGUAUUUGCUCUAUUCAUAAGUUUGCUGCUAACAAGCAAGACAGUCAUGAGAAGGAAAAGUGGGGUAGGAUAACCUUUCUCUCUCCGGAAUCUGCUAUGAAGGCAGCAGAAAUUCAGAGAUUUGAUUUCAAUGGAUCAGUGCUUAAAUUAUUUCCAUCGCUGUCAACAGGUGGUGGGGGAAUUUUCAGGAUGCCUUCUUUCCCUUCUGUUACAGCUAAGGUUCGUUGGCCGCGAAAGGAAAGCAUUGGUAAAGGCUGUGUUAAGUGCCCUUCUGGUGAUGUUCACAGUAUAUUUAAUGGGAUCUCCGGCCUUGUGAUAGGUACAAAUUAUGUCCACGUUCAGAGAGAUCAAAAGUCCGAUGACUCUGUCUUGAUAAGUGGGCUUGACAGAAAUCUUUCGGAAGAAGAAGUUCUAGAUGUUUUAGAGUGCGCUACGUCCAGAAGAGAUCUGACUUUUUUUUUAUUCAGAAAAUUCAGUGUGCAGAGUUCAUCACCUACUGCUUGCGAAGAACUGCUGCAUAAGAGAAUAUUUGGAUCCAUGUCAUCGAGGAAUUUAGAUCCGAACUGUGUCCAAGUCCAAGUUUUUGAACCAAAAGAAACAGAUUCUUUCAUGCGAGCGACUAUUACAUUUGACGGGAGAUUACAUUUGGAAGCUGCGAAAGCUUUGCAGGAGUUAAAUGGAGAGGUGCUACCUGGAUGCCUUCCAUGGCAGAAGAUAAAGUGUGAGCAAUUGUUUCAGAGCUCCAUAAUCUGCUCUGCUUCUGUCUACAACAUAGUCAAAAGACAGUUAUAUGAUUUGUUAUCAAGCUUUGAAAGACGAAGAGGAGGUAAAUGGCAUUUGGAGCCAACUCUCAGCGGUGCUUAUCGUGUUAAAAUUUGGUCUUAUGCAACAAGAACCAUCGCAGAGAUGCGGAGAGAUCUUGAAGAACUCUUGAGAGGAAGGCACAUAAAUCAUCCAGACUUAAUCCCUAGAGUCUUGCAGCAUCUUUCGACCAGAGAUGGUUUUAUUCUGAUGCGGAAGAUCCAACAAGAGACAGAAACUUACAUUAUAUUUGACAGGCACAAUCACACAGUACGCAUUUGUGGAUCACGAGAGAAAAUCGCUGAGGCUGAACAAGAACUGGUUCAGUCACUUCUGGCCUAUCACGAGAGUAAGCAACUUGAAAUCCACCUCCGAGGUCCUGAUAUUCGUCCUGACCUCAUGAAGGAAGUUGUGAAGAGGUUUGGUCCGGAGCUCCAAGGUAUCAAAGAGAAGGUACAUGAUGUGGAUCUCAAGCUCAACACCCGGAACCAUGUUAUUCAAGUUCACGGGAGCAAAGCAAUGAGGCUGGAAGUAGAAAAGAUGGUCUAUGAACUUGCACGAGAAAAGAGUGCACCGAGCGAAGAACAAGAUGACAUUGAAGUUGACUGUCCCAUUUGCUUGUCUGAGGUUGAUGAUGGCUACUCUCUUGAAGGAUGUUCACACCUCUUCUGCAAAGCCUGUUUGUUGGAACAAUUUGAGGCAUCGAUGAGAAACUUUGACGCAUUUCCCAUAGUUUGUUCUCACAUUGACUGUGAAGCUCCAUUAGUACUCGCUGAUAUGAGAACUCUCUUAUCACAAGAGAAGCUCGAUGAACUCUUCCGAGCAUCCUUGUCCUCUUUUGUAACAGCUAGUGAUGGAAAGUUCCGGUUUUGCUCCACACCUGAUUGCCCGUCCAUCUACCGUGUAGCUGGCCCUCAAGAAUCCGGCGAACCAUUCAUCUGUGGAGCCUGCAACUCAGAGACAUGCACAAGGUGUCACCUUGAGUAUCACCCGUAUCUCUCUUGUGAAAGGUACAAACAGUUCAAGGAGAAUCCGGACUUGUCGCUAAAGGACUGGGCAAGAGGGAAGGACGUGAAGAUGUGUCCGGCUUGCAAGUCCACGAUAGAGAAAUCUGAAGGGUGUAACCAUGUGCAGUGCCGGUGUGGGAAGCACAUUUGCUGGGUCUGCUUGGACUUCUUCACUCAGUCAGAACCUUGCUAUGAGCAUUUAAGGACAAUUCAUGGUGGAAUCGGCAUUGCGGACGACCUUGGUAACCCCCUGUUUUGAAAUCGGACCUCUUCAUUGUACAAAUUUGUCUAAAGUAAGUCCAUGUAUCUAUAUUCUGUAACAUCUGGUUUUGCUUCAUAUGUACAUAUGUCGAGAUAGUGUGGUUCAGUAUUAUACCUUCUUUAACCAACAGAAAUCUGAUCUUAAUAAUUCAUAGGA